AACAACUUCUCACAGAGGCCUGGAAACCGAAUCAGUAGUUGGAAGGCAGGAAGAAAGCUCGAGGGGGACUUGAGGUGCGUUGGCACUGGAUUUUCAGAACUUUUAAAGAGGAAGGAAAGAUAUGGCUUCAAAUUUAUACGAAGAGAUUCGUCGAAGUUUGUCUAUCAAUCCCCCAAUCACAAUACCAGUGAUGACAAGAUUAUUACAACUUCAGUCGACAGGAUGCACAGCUACCUCAAUCACAAGUCAGAUGCAUUGGGUGAAGUAAUUUAUGAAGUCACAUUGCUAUGCGAUGAGCUGAAGGGCAUGUAUAAACUUGUAGACGAUGCAGGAAUGGUUGGAAGCCGAUUUACCUCCAGAGUGGCUUGGCUGAAGCAAAUGAGGAUUAUUGUUCAAAGUGCUGAUAGAUGUGUGCAAGCCUUCAUAGACGACUCGGGUAUUAUUAGGAGAUCAAACCAUCUAUUUAAAACAAGAUCUGGGAUAAAGCUUUGCCGUGAAAUUGACAAAAUCCAGCAUACUAUGAGUCUUGUUGUGAGAAGCAUAAAAGCAUACGGCAUUGAAUUGAGGGAAGAGUCAAGCUCAGUGGUCGGUUUGGAGGAAGACAUCCAAGCAUUGGUGUCACAACUAACAACCAACAGUGAACAACACUCUGUUAUUUCCAUUUUGGGCAUUGAGGGCAUAGGUAAGACAACAUUAGCAAACAAAAUUUUUGAUCAUGGAGCUGUUUCGCAACACUUUACUCGCCGUGUAUGGAUUUCUCUACCCUGGAAGUCCAAUGUGCCUUGGGUCCAAGAGGUACAUGAUCUUGUAGAUGAGGAGCGGUACCUUUUAGUCCUAGACAAGGUCUCCACAAUAGAUGAGUUGAAUACUCUUAGAGCAGAAUUCAUUCCAGUAACACCAAACGGAAGCAGAAUUCUGUUCACUACACGACACAGCGAUUUGGCUAAAUUUUUUAACAAUACUCCUCACCAACUUCGACUGCGAACCAAAGAAGAGAGCUGGAAAUUGUUUACCCAGAUGGUGCCCUUUUCUCCAAAAGAGGAAAAGCAAGCAAAAGAAAUUUUAGGUAAAUGUGGGGGUUUCCCACUAGCCAUCUUACGUGUUGGAUAUCUAAUGUCUGGGAAAGAUGUGACUGCUGUAGAGAGGGAAGAUGUGACUGCUGUAGAGAGGUUAAAAAAGGUGCUUGAAAACGACAUAGAUCCAUCAUCGUUACAAACAUACACCAUAGAUUCCAUAAAACACUUGCUUCCUGAUUCUGAACCUCUGUCUAAGUGCCUUUCUUACUUAAAGCUCUUCCCGUUGGACUUUGAAAUUCCCGCAAGGAGACUAAUCGCUUUGUGGAUGGCAGAAGAUUUGGUACAAGAGCAUGGUCAUAACACAAAAACUUUUGAAGAUGUUGCAGAGGAGAAUCUAUCGCAGUUGAUUGGUUUGGGCAUGAUUCAAAUAGUUGAACGAAAGCUUAAUGGGGAAGUCAAGACUUGUAGAUUACCCUAUUCCCUACCUGUCUGCAGCUUGGAGGCUACAAGUUCAAAUCAUAGAGCUGCUCUUCGUUUUAAAAGAAAUCGUCUUCCAAUUACUGUCGGCGAGAGCUUACCAAAAGUUGCAAGCCCUCUUCUUUCGAUUUUCUCCUUUGACACUCGAGAAGGAAAUAAACCUGGG